UGAUUGGCUGUUACGCUUGCGGCAGCGAGGCACAGAAUGGAAUAAAUCUUCGCGUCGCACCAGCGCAUGCAGCUCGGGUUGCGCGUACAUAAGAAGUACAGUUGACCACAGAGAUGACCCCACAGACAGUAGCAGUUUUAGGCCUUGCCCUGAGCCUGGGGCUGGUUGUGAGCGGUUUCCCUGCCGAGCAGCCCGAAAAUGGAAAAAACUGGGUCGUCAUAGUGGCUGGAUCCAACGGCUGGUACAACUACAGACACCAGGCCGAUGUCUGCCAUGCAUAUCAGAUUGUCCACAAGAACGGCAUCCCAGACGAGCAGAUUGUGGUGAUGAUGUAUGAUGAUCUCGCUCAAGCUCCUGAUAACCCAACACCAGGAGAGAUAAUAAACAGACCCAAUGGAACUGAUGUUUACAAAGGAGUGCUGAAGGACUACACCGGUGAUGAUGUGACUCCUCAGAAUUUCCUGGCUGUUUUGAAAGGUGAUGCUGCUGGUGUAAAGGGAGGAUCUGGAAAAGUGCUGAAAAGUGGUCCAAAUGAUCAUGUGUUUGUGUAUUUCACUGAUCAUGGAGCCCCAGGUCUGCUGGCCUUUCCUAAUGAUGAUCUUCUUGUGGAUGACCUGAUGGACACCAUCAAGUACAUGCACACAAACAAUAAAUACUUGAAGAUGGUAUUGUAUAUCGAGGCCUGCGAAUCUGGCUCCAUGAUGAAACCUCUGCCUGUUGACAUUAACGUGUACGCCACAACUGCUUCCAACCCUGAUGAGUCCUCAUAUGCCUGUUACUAUGACGAGGCCAGAGAUACCUACCUUGGAGACUUGUACAGCGUCAACUGGAUGGAAGACUCCGACAUGGAGGAUCUGAGCAAAGAGACUUUGGCCAAACAGUUCAAGAUUGUAAAAGCCAAAACCAACACCAGCCAUGUGAUGCAGUAUGGAAACAAGACGCUGUCCCACAUGAAGGUGAUUGCGUUCCAAGGUAACUCAAAAGCUCUUAAGGCAGCUGAGCCUGUGUCUUUGCCCAUGGUUACUGAACAUGACCUCAUGAGCAGCCCUGAUGUGCCUCUUGCAAUCAUGAAGAGGAAACUCAUGAAGACCAAUGACAUCAUUGCUGCUCGCCAGCACCUGCAGGAGAUCACUGCACAUAUGCAGGUGAAGGAACUGCUUGCUAACACUAUGCGUAAAAUCGUGGAGCACGUGGUGCAGGAUCAAGAGGAAGUGAAAUAUUAUCUAGAGGGGCGUGAAGAUCUCACACAGUAUGACUGCUAUAAAACUGCCAUCAACCACUACAAGCAACACUGCUUCAACUGGCACCAGCAGGAGUAUGAAUAUGCUCUGAGACACCUUUAUGCUUUAGUCAACCUGUGUGAGGGAGGAUACCAGGCCCACAGAAUCACAGGGGCUAUGGACCAUGUGUGUUACUUCAGAAAGUAGAAAAGCCACUGAGGGGAUUUUACUGUCGUUGAACUACUUUGCACAAAAGAAUCUGACUGUGGGAGAAAUCCAUAUCACAAUGUAAUCUCACACGAGCCUUUGUAUUGAUCUUUUUUAAAUGUGUGUUUUUUUUUUUUUUAUGAGGAAUCACACUUUUUAAAUUGAAUGUAAAUGUUUUACUGUUAUUUUUGUUUUAAAGAAAGAAGUGUGCUUUAAGAUGCUGCCCAGUUACUCCUGACAAACUAGUUGGGCUGUAAACUUUGUUUUAUAUUCUUUUUGGAGGGUUUUGAAAUGCCCGAUCGGCAAGAGACAAACAAUUUUGGCUUUAUAGUUUGUCUCCAGAAUGACAUGACAGAAAAGUGCAUAUUUACUAUGCAAAAGUUACUGUCGCCAUUGUUAAAGAUUUUUUUUGGAGAGUUUGGAAACAAAAGUCUUCAUAAUGUGAAAAAAUGCAGUCAAUAGAAUAAACAAAAUCUAAUUCAAAACACUAAUUCAGAGCUCAAAUUGUGAUGCAUGUUUUCGAUAUAAUUUUUACUGUCAUUGUCUACUGAGCCAUGAUAAAGCUCAAUUUCUAUCCAUGAAUAAAAACAAAGCUUUGACUUAUUGACACAAUAUAUAUAUAUAUAUAUAUAUACACAUUCAAAUUAUAAUACAAGUUAACCUAUAGCUACCUGAAGCCUGUGGUCGUACUUAACAAGAAGUAUCUGAAAUAACUGAGAUCGCUUCUUGAAAACAGCUGCAGGUUGGGCAAGUAAUGAGCAGGUUUGUUCUGUGUAAUGUCUGGUCUGUCAGGCUGGGUUAUUAUGUCAAAUGCUCUACAUUUAGAGUAAAUUGAGGACUCAAUGCACUGAGUGAAAGGUAGGUGUAAUGUUUGCUGGAGCUGUAAGAAAAGCAAGUUUGCACUGGUGACAUGGGCUUAAAACCUCUAUGAAACAAUACACUGAAUUACAAUCAGUCUUCCAGCAGUCUUGUAAUUGAUUCUGAAAAAAUAAUAAACUUGAAUUGAGUUGAA